ACUCCUGUCAAACCAAUGAGAGUCAGAGAUUCCUUUCUCUCUCUGUAGAGUUUGUAGAGAUAGUUUUAUUCCUAGAGAGAGAGAAACGAGGAUUCAGUAAAACACGUUGGAUCUUGGAUCUUCAGUUUUUUGGACAUUUUAGCCGAGUAAAGACGUCGCAGAUAUAGAGGACACUGGAAUGAGCUCUGGACGUAAAACCCGUCACGACAAUGGCGCAGUAGACGAUGCUCCCAUUAGAAAGAAGAAGAAGAGUAGCAAACUUGAAUCGGUUGAAAAAGAGCUCGAACAAAUCCGAUCCAUUAAUAAGGAGUUGGUCAUUGAGCUCGAGAAAGCUCGGGAAUCGAUUCGAGCGUUGCAAACUAGUUUGAAACCUGUUAGAGACAAUGACGAAAGAGAUUUUUCAGACGGAUGUAUUGCUUCUAGUACCCAACAUCCGCCCACCAAUGCAGACGAGUCCCGAUUCCUCUCCUCAAUGAACCAAAUCUCAAUAACAUCGUUGGCUAUUGGUGAAUGUAAGCCGUCUAUCGAAGGAGAAGAAAUAACAAGACAAGAUUUCGAAAUUUGGAAAGAAUUACUCAUCGAUUCUCUUAACUUGGCGGGAGUAACAGAUGAAGCUACAAAAUUCACAGUAUUCCGUGUCAAGGCUGGUCCUCGAUUGUUGAACAUAUUGAGAAACACACAAUGUGAUACAAACUCGCCGGAUAAAACGAUUUAUCCAUUUUCAAACGCUAUAGAUACUAUACACUACAAUCGCCAAAAGUGUGUUUAG